UUUUGCAAGAUUUUCACAAUGCAUUGGGUCCUAACCUGACAAUUUCUUUGUGACAGCGCAGUAGCGGUUAGCAAGUCCGGUCUCGCGUUAAUUUGUUUUAAAACUUUUCACGUCCAGUGUUUUAAACAAAGAAGUGUCGCGGAAAAAUGUCGUUAACAUUUCAGAAUGCCGACUCCAUCAAGCAAGCGUUACUCGAGGAGCUGCAAAACAUCCUCAGCUCCGACACGGCUACCCGGACAUCCGCGGAAGGCCGGAUGAAGCAACUGGAGUUCACAGAAGGGUAUGGAGUCUACUUGGCCGAGAUAAUAAUGAAUCAGUCGUUCGAGCUGUGCUUGCGACAACUCGCCUGCAUCAUGCUCACCCGCUACGUGGAGAAUCGUUGGGGCCAAACCGAGGACGCACAGAACGUCACCGCCACUGACCAGGCCAAGAAAACCAUCCGCAACAUCCUCCCCAAUGGACUGUACGACCCGAACAGCAAAAUCCGCUCCUCCGUUGCUUACACGAUUUCAACAAUUGCCUCUUGGGACUGGCCAGACGUCUGGACGGAGCUGUUCGAUGUGAUCAUAAAAUGCUUAGGCGGCAACGAGGAUUCCAUUCAUGGAGCUAUGCAAGUCUUGGCCGAGUUCACAUACGAAGGCAAGCAAAUGAAGGUCAUUCGCCCCAUCAUCCUCUCGGAAGUCUACAGGAUAUUUGAAGCAGAGCAAACUUACAGCGUCAAGACACGGACGUGUGCUAUCAAAAUCCUCAAACCGCUGUUCUCGUCCAUUAUCUACAGCAUCAGCAACAAGGAGGAGCAGACCGCCAUCAUUGACUCAGUCCUGCCCAAAUUCAUGGAGAAAUUAAUCUACAAUUUAUCAGUGAGUCGUGAUACCGUUCUGAAGACUGAAAUCGUGAAAGUCCUCACUUUCCUGGUGACCGAAAUGCGGAAAUACAUCCAACCGUACAUGAAUCAAAUCCUCACUCCCAUCUGGCAGCUACUGACACAAACAGCAGAUAUAUAUGUUAAGGAAAUAGUCAAUAACGUGGAACCUUUCUCGUCGCACGAUAGUCAUCCGGGGGAUGAAGAUGCGGGUAACAUAUCCCCUUCUGUUGACAGGCUAGAGCCCUUAAAUUCCCCUUUUCUUGCAGACGAUGAACUUUCAAACUUCACAACGAUGAUCAUCCAAGUAUUCGAAUUCAUCCAGUGUAUUAUUGUGUCUGGGAAGUUCCGGUCGAUUAUCAAAAAUGUCCUGACGGAUCUGAUCUACAUCAUAAUCGUCUACAUUCAAGUCACGGAGGAGCAAACUGAAAUGUGGAACUCGGAUCCUGAGAAAUUUGUCGAAGAUGAAGACGAUGCUGGGGUGGAUUUAACGGUUCGACUAUCUGGACAGGAUGUGUUGACGUCAAUCAACGAAGAAUUCGGCACUAAAUCAUUUGCAUCACUGUCCGAAGCGCUCACACGACACGUGAACGUGGCUGAAGCUGAAAAAACAGCCGGUAAUCCAAACUGGUGGAAAAUCCACGAAGCUGCAAUGGUCGCUGUGCAUACGUUCAAAGACCUCAUCCUAGAAAGCGAAAAUUUCGAUUUGUUGAACUAUUUAACGUUAGUUCGGAAUCUCAUGAACUUCCAAACAUCUCCGUACCUCCUAGGCCGCUGCCUUUGGACUUUAAGUGCCUAUUCCAAAUCAAAACUAUAUAAUCCGCAAAUGUUAGAGGAGAUACUUGACGUUACGUUGAGCAGCUUGUCACAAGAUAAGCCGAUGGUAUUGAAGAUUUGCGCUGUUCGCGCAAUCUAUGGUUUCGUAACAAAUAUCCACAAAUCCGAAGACGAUCGUGGUUUGAUUAUUUUAUCCAAACUAAAUGGAUUCGUCGAUGGAAUCAUGGCAAUGAUCGGUACAUCACAGAGCACAGUGCUAUCCUUACUAUUGGAAGCUCUCACCAUAAUUAUCUCCUUUGAUGAUAACUUUGCUGCAUCAGUUCAAUCGAAGGUCAUACCUUUGACUAUCGCAAUUUUCCUAAAGUAUCCCGAAGAUCCAUUUAUACUCGAACUAGUGCAGGAUAUGUUGAAAGCCCUUUCCCAAAAUCCACUGUGCCUGCAACCUCUACAAGAGAAAAUUAUCCCAACUUUGGUGAGCAUAUUCAAUCUGCAAAAUGAUCAGGCACGCACUGCAAAUCAAGAAAUUGCGUUAGAUGUUCUUGCAACCCUCGUAAAAUAUUCACAACCACCACUUAGUGAUAAUCUCAUAGAGAACGCGUUCCCAGCAGCUGUGCAUUGUAUUCUUCGUUCAGAUGACCAUUCUGUAAUGGUUAGCGGUGGCGAAUGCUUACGUGCGUUUGUCUAUACUUCACCAGAGCAAAUUUGUGCCUACAAGAAUGGCGAAGGACUAAAGUAUAUAAUGCAAGUGACUGAAAUGCUUUUGAAUCCGCGAAAUAGCGAGCUAACUGCGGGUCACAUCGGCCGCUUAGUCAUAACCAUCAUCAUAAAAAUGGGCAACAUGCUUGGUGAAAAUGUUGAUCUACUUCUGAAAGCUGUAAUCAGCAAAAUGCAACUUGUCGAAUGCCUUAAAGUGAUAAUGAGUUUAGUUGUGAUAUUCGCUCACCUAUUCCUCACCCAAAUGGAUGCAGUGUUGAACUUCUUGAGUACAGUCCCUGGUCCCACUGGAGAACCUGCAAUGCAUUUCUUAUUUUCGAACUGGCUCACGCGGCAGCAUCUAUUCUUCGGAGCAUAUGAACGGAAAGUAACUACGAUGGCUCUUUGUAAGCUAUUCGAAUAUGGCGUGACAACGCAAGAUAGUCGACUCACCUCCAUCACUAUCAAAGACUUAGUGAUCAACAACACCUCUGAAGGUCGUACAACCAGAUCGAAAGCAAGCACCUCCCAAACUUGGGUGAGCAUUCCAGCACUCGUGAAAAUUUUCAAACUGUUGAUAAACGAAUUGGGCAGCUUGAGGGACGCCAAACAGUCUGAUGAUGAAUCCGAAACUCAGAGUGAUGAUGAGCAGGAUACUAGUGAGAAGUCGCCGAAUAAAAUACGAACGGUAUCGGAUCUCUAUUUCAACGAUGAAGAUGAUGAGAACGCCGAUGAUGAUCAGUUGAUGCAAGAGUUGCUCAAGGAUCCUAUCUUCCAAACAAAUAUGGAAGACAAUUUAACCAAAUUUUUACAAAAUUUCAGCACCAGUGAACACUUUCCAAUGUUCGUAGAACAGUUGAAUGAUAGUGAAAAAGCGACUUUACGAAGUAUUCAAGUGGAGAAUGCAUAAUAAGGUCUAACAUGUAUUUUUCGUUUUAUUCUAAGUUUCAAAUUAAUGUUUCUAAUUUAUAACUAGCUACGAAUGUCAUAAAAAUUGCUGCACAUUUAAUAAAAUAUAUAUUUUUGAA